AUGGAUGCCCAAAACAUCUUCAUAUCGAAAAGCACCUUCACUAUAAUUGUAGUCAUUAUCAUCUUCACCAGCUUUGUUAUAGAAACCCUAUCUGCUGAUCCAAAGUUUGAGGUCUGCAAGCCUCACAACUGUGGGACAGGUCCAAAUAUAAGCUACCCCUUUUGGAUUCCUAAAGAACAAGAAUCCUAUUGUGGUUUCCCAAAUUUCUCAAUCACUUGCAAUGAUGAAAAACCAGGGCUUACUAUUUCUGAUGAUUAUUAUGUCAUUAGAGAGAUCUUUUACACCAACCACUCGUUUCUCAUGUCUAAUUCUGCUGUCUAUGAUGGUGAUUCAUGCCCAACUCCUCUGUAUAACUUUAGUCUUGAUCAGACUCCAUUCAAUUACAGUCCUUCUCAUUAUGAUCUCUUGGUGUUCUACAACUGCACUUCUGUUCCUGUUGAGACCUUAACAAUUCCAAUUGAUUGCAUGAGCAAUGCUACUCUUCACUCCUUUGCUAGCUUUCAUGAGGAAGCUUUGGAGUACAUGAAUUUUUCUACAGAGUCAUGCCAAUCUAUGGUUAAUGUGCCUGUCGAUAUUGAUGGUGAAGAGGGUUUUGGAAAUUUGUUAAACUGGAAUUUCACAGAGAUUUUGAGGGAGGGGUUUGUUUUGAGUUGGACUGCAAAUAAUUGUAGCUCUUGUGAGAGAAGUGGUGGGCGUUGUGGAUUUGAAAACAAUGAAUUCUUCUGUUUUUGCCAGGAUCGCCCACAUCUCAGAACUUGCCAUGAUGGUAAUUCUAUCGUCCUAUCGGUUGUGUAUGAGGAUACAAUGUUCAUAAAGCUUGUCAUUAAUGCGUAUAUUGAUACAGCGAGAUUUCUUCCGGGCCCAAUCCUCACACUGCUUCUAUGCCUCCCUGUUUAUUUCCCCGCUCCAGGUGUUUGUGCUGGAUUAGGUGCUCUCCUUAUUUCAAGCAUUUUUUUCCUCAUGUAUCUACGCCGCUACAAGAAGCGCUAUCCUCCACCUUUUCUCCCUCGAAUUAUCUCUUCUGAUCCCUCUUCGAAGACAAUUUUUGAGAGCCAGGGCAGCUUACACGGUGUCCAUAUAUUCACUUACGAAGAACUUGAAGAAGCCACUAACAAUUUUGAUUCCAGCAAAGAACUAGGAGAUGGAGGUUUUGGCACCGUAUAUCAUGGCAAACUCCGUGAUGGUCGUGUUGUUGCUGUGAAGCGCUUAUAUGAAAACAAUUACAAGAGGGUUGAGCAGUUCAUGAAUGAAGUUGAGAUCCUCCAACUUUUGCGCCACCGAAACCUAGUCUCCCUAUAUGGGUGCACCUCUCGCCACAGCAGAGAGCUCCUCCUUGUAUAUGAAUACGUUCCUAACGGUACUGUUGCUGAUCAUCUUCACGGUGAACAAGCUAAACCUGGAUCACUCACAUGGCCAACUCGAAUGAAAAUUGCCAUAGAGACUGCAAGUGCAUUGAAAUAUCUCCAUGCUUCUGAUAUCAUCCACCGUGAUGUCAAAACCAACAAUAUUCUCCUUGACAACAACUUCUCUGUGAAAGUUGCAGAUUUUGGGCUGUCCCGUCUCUUCCCAACAGAUGUUACCCAUGUUUCAACUGCUCCACAAGGAACUCCUGGAUAUGUUGAUCCCGAUUAUCACCAAUGCUACCAGCUUACAAGCAAGAGUGACGUCUAUAGCUUUGGGGUGGUCCUGAUUGAGCUUAUAUCAUCAAUGCCUGCUGUUGAUAUCACUAGGCACCGGCAUGAGAUUAACUUGUCUAACAUGGCUAUCAACAAGAUCCAAAACCAUGCAUUGCAUGAACUUGUUGACUGUUCCCUUGGGUUUGAUUCAGACCAGAACAUAAGGAGGAUGAUAAUGGCAGUGGCAGAGUUGGCAUUUCAGUGUUUGCAAAAUGAGAAGGAAAUGAGACCUGCUAUGGAUGAAGUGCUUGAGGUUCUAAUGGGCAUUGAGAGUGAGGGUUGCAAUAUAGUAAAGACAGAGGAGGUGGAGAUUCCAGCAGACAGUGUUGGGUUGUUGAAGAGUAAGCAACCACCAGCUUCACCGGAUUCUGUGACUACAAAUUGGACUAGUUGGCCCUCAACUACUAAUGGCAGCAGCUGAGUUUUCCUUCUGGGCUCACUGAAUUCUCAAAGCACAUGGCAAUAAGAAUGAUGAUCAUAUACUAGAAAAAAGAGAAAAAAAGGGUGGUAAUGCCAUUUUCUUCUCAUCUACUCAAUUUUGAUGUCUUGAAUGAGAUGUAAAUAUUAAGUAGGAGUCAUCAUUGGUAAACCAAAGUUCUUGGUUAGGGUAGUGAAAUUUUUUUAUUGGUAUUUGCCUUCUACUAAUUAAGAAUGAUGUUCAAUAUUUGUUUUGCAUUACUAUUUUGAUUCUA